AUGGACCCAAGGCGAUGUGAGCUGCCCCGAUCGCAAAGAGACCUGAACUCUUUCCUCUGGACAAUCCGGAGAGAUCCUCCCGCCUACUUAUUUGGCACCAUCCAUGUGCCUUAUACACGGGUGUGGGAUUUUGUUCCCGAGAACUCCAAAGCCGCUUUUCAAGCCAGCUCCAAUGUGUACUUCGAAUUGGAUCUCACAAACCCUUCCACAAUAUCAGGCCUGGCCAACUGUCAGUUGCUUCCUCAUGGAGAGAAUUUGCAGAAUGUGCUUCCCCAGGAUCUUUACCAUCGCCUCAAACGCCAUCUUGAGUAUGUCAGAUUGAUGCUGCCUCACUGGAUGAGUCCGGAUCAAAGGGGCAAAGGCCUUUACGCUGAUUACCUUUUCAAUGCCAUUGCUGGAAACUGGGAACGCAAAAGACCUGUUUGGGUGAUGCUGAUGGUCAAUUCCUUGACUGAGACAGACAUCCGUUCCCGGGGAGUGCCGGUGCUGGACCUCUACCUGGCUCAAGAGGCUGAAAGGAUGAAGAAAGGCACAGGAGCUGUGGAGAGAGUAGAAGAGCAAUGUCACCCUCUGAAUGGGCUGAACUUCUCCCAGGUGCUGUUUGCUUUGAAUCAAACAUUAUUACAACAUGAAAGUCUUCGAGCUGGCAGCUGGCAGGCUCCUUACACAACUGAAGACCUCAUCAAGCAUUACAACUGUGGUGACCUAAAUGCUGUUAUAUUCAACCAUGAUUCUUCUCAGCUCCCUAAUUUCAUCAACACAACGCUUCCUCCACAUGAGCAGGUUACAGCUCAAGAGAUUGACAGGUAUUUCCGACAGGAACUGAUCUACAAGAGGAAUGAAAGAAUGGGGAAAAGAGUAAUGGCUCUCUUAAGAGACAACACGGACAAGAGCUUCUUCUUUGCAUUUGGAGCAGGUCAUUUCCUGGGCAAUAACACUGUUAUUGAUGUGUUGAGACAAGCAGGAUUUGAAGUGGAGCACAUACCUGCAGGACAACCAGUAGAAAAGUAAAAUGUCAGUCCCUCAAAAAGAUUCCAAUAUGCAACAGCUGCUCCCUUUGUCAUUGAGCAUGUUCAGUUGUCUUCAUCUUCAGCACCUCCUCAUGCCAGUGAAGAAGAUAGCCUUCCUCCACACCUUCUGUUACCAGAUAGCAUCAGCCAGCUAGAAGAAUUUGGACGGCAGAAAAACUGGCACAAGAAACAAUAUAAAAUCCACCGCCAAAGGCAAUUCAAUGAUCUAUGGGUUCGGAUAGAAGAAGGCACAACCACCAUGCCUUCUGAUAUGAGAAUAACAAAUGGACUCAUCUCUGUCAACCCAUCGAUUUGGUUCUCAAACCAGGUGGACCAACAGCCACACCCAGACCUUGUAUUCCACCAUCAUCUCAAAAGUUGUGCCCUUGAAAGCACCAUAGCAUCACCUUUCAUUGUCUCUGUCCUCGCAGCAAUGGCUUCUGUUCUUUUGGAUCUACAGAAUCCUUCCUGA